AUGAACAUUAUAACUAAAGUUGUUCGAGAAGUUUUUAAAAAUUUCUAUAAUAUAGUAUUAAAUAGUUUAAUGGUUGUUAAAAUCUUUUUUAAUUAUAAAUCUGAGGAAGAAAGUAAUAUUGAUUUGUAUAAGAUAGUUUUCUUUAUUAUAUCUUUAUUUAUAUUAUUCUGUAUUUUAACAAGAUUAUUUGCUUCUAAUUAUUAUAUAAAAGACAUUAUUAUAUCUAUAACUGGAGGAUUUUUGAUUAACGAAUUAUUAAUUUAUUUGGUUUUAGGAAUUUGCUUGUUUAUAAAAUAUAUUGAAUUUAAUAAAGAGCAAAGUAUUGCGCAAAAAAUUGAUGAUAUUAGAAACGAAUCAAUUACAGAUAUUGAAAUUAUUAAAAAUUGGGAAAAUAUAGAAACAUUUGGAAAUUUUACUUAUUAUUGUUUUUUUUGA